AUGAGCCUCCAUCACAUUGUUCUGGGCUUCCUUGCCCUGCAGUUGGUGCUUAGCUCCACAACCAUUGCCAAGCCCUCUGGGGUUGACCUUCGCACCUUCAUAGGCUGUGCAGUGAGAGAGUUCACCUUCCUCGCCAAGAAACCUGGCUGCAAAGGGCAGCGCAUUUCCACCGAUGCCUGCUGGGGGCGCUGUGAGACAUGGGAGAAGCCAGUCCUGGAUCGUCCUAACAUUGAAGCUCAUCACCGAGUGUGCACCUACAAUGAAACCACAAUGGUCACGGUCAAGCUGCCCAACUGCUUGCCUAAUGUGGACCCGUUCUACACAUAUCCGGUCGCUUUAACGUGUGACUGUGGGGUGUGCUCAACCACCACUACUGAAUGUGAAACUUUAUAAACUGAAGAGCUAUUGCAUUCUUCCAUAGAGUAGACUCUUAUUACAGGCAAUACUUACUUUAUAAAGUGGGCAAGAGGGCACCCUUGUUCCGUUUGUAUUAAAAUGAUGUGUUUAGAAAGUUUAAGAACUGUGUUUGUUGGUAUAUUGUUAAAGAUGCUUUCCUAAGUGAGUGCUCAUGGUUUCAUGUACAGUUUAAAUCAACUGCAACACUGAAGAAAUGCAUUUAAUCUAAAUCACUUUAAAAUACAAUAAAGGUACUAUUAGCAUUCAUUGAUUAUUAUUAUGCCUAUUUUUACUAAUACUGAUGUAACCAGAAAAAACAACUUUUAAUGCCACAAAAGUUUUGGAUUCUUAAUUUUCUCAAUGAUGCGUUAUGCCAUUUGUAAAUAUCUAAGAGUGUGUGUUGCUUGGUUUAAAUGGUCUGUCUAUAAAUACAUGCUUUUUUUUUUUUUUUUUUUACAAUCAAGCACUUCAGUCUGCACUGUAAAUGCUGUUUUUGAAGCUGCUUAAAACCAUGGCUGUGGAGAUACAUGUAUGCAGGCAAUGUUUUGUUCCUUUGUGUUUUGCUUCAGGCAUUAUUAUUAUUUAUAAAACAAACAAAAAAAAAUGUAUUUUAUUUUCCAGCAGUCAGCAGCCUUUUAGACUGCUAGCAGAACAAUAAAAAAAAACAUAAUGCUUCAGUAACUGAGAUAUAAGAUCCAGAUAACACAGAGUGUAUUGCACUUCUUCAGAAAAGUAUGUGUGGAUCCAUUUUAUCCAUAAAUAAUUACAAAUUAUUUUAAAAUCAGGUUCUUAGCUUUUCCAUUUGGAUCACUUAAUUCCUCACAGUUUUCUAGUUUAGCAUGCUUGCUAAAAUAAAACACUUCUAUAUCAACAAGAUUAACACCUUGAGUGGACAGGCAAAGUCACAGAUUCGAUUAAAUAUUAAUUUGCUGUGUAACA